CAGAAACACUGAUACUGUAUGUGUUUCUCUCUCUCUGUGUGUGUGUGUGUGUGUGUGUGUGUGUGUGUGUGUGUGCAUGUGUGCGUGCAUGUCCUUGUCAGGGUGAAGCGAGGCAGCGCAGCUCGACACUCAGCUACAGACAUGAAUCACCUCCUGAAAGUUCCAGUUCUAGCCAUGAGCCGCGCCUUCAGCAGCUCCGCCAGACAGCUGAGGAACAAAGUCCCCGAGGCCCAGAAACUCUUCCAGCAGGACAACGGGCUGCCGGUCCACAUCAAGGGAGGGUCCUCCGACGUCCUGCUCUACCGUAUCACCAUGGCGAUAACUAUCGGAGGAUGCAGCUACUCUCUGUACUGGCUGCUCUUCGCCUCAAUGCCUCAGAAGAAAGCAUAGAGGAGAGACGUUGCCGGGCCCCGCUCCACCUAACUCUGCUGUUUAUUGUGUGUAAUUAUAUUUUUUUAUCACAACCGUUGCAACGAUGGAUGUGUAUAAAGUGUGAAAAGAUUUAAACCAAA